AUGGCUGCACCGCUACCGGGCUUCACCCCGCUCCUGCUCUCGUCUCUGGCACUCCACCUGCUUCUCCUCGGCCCUUUGUUCGCCCUCGCCCCGGGGACGGUGAAUACAGGAGGGGCUUCCAACAGAUGGACCCCGGGCCUCUGCUACCGAGACGCCGGUAAAGUGAGCCAGCAGCAGCAGCAGCAGCAGCAGUGCGAGGAGGCAGGGGAGUCGCCGAGGGGCAGCUGGAAUCUACGCCCAAGCAGGUGGACCGUAGAGCGGAUACAGACUGAGGGAUGCUGUGGAGUGCAGCGCGCAGGAGGAUAUCAGCCGGAUGGUGCGAGGGGGACACGGAAAGAGAGACUGAAAGGAGUCGGGACGUUUUGGAAGAGUGCAGGCGGCCCUCCGGCUCCAUCACCGCCGCCUCCACCUCAUCCUCUCCAUCCCGGUAUUAGGAGCAGGUCCGAUGGCGGUGGCGGCGGCAGCGGCGGCGGCGCGGGAGAGGGAGUGGAGGAGAGAGGAGGGCUUGGGAGAAGGAGGAGGAGGAGGAAGGGCGUUGUUUCACCUCCCGCUUCACCUGCUUUCACCUCGUCGCCGGUUCAAAACGGCAAGAAAAGGGCAGUACAAAGGACUAGAACGUGCGCGCAACGGUGGCCGGCGUCGAGGCCACACCUCGCCAAACGUGGUGCCGCCGGAGCCUUUGUGCACGCCUCUGGCCUGCGCGGGGCACCCGGAAGUGAGGGGGGAGAGGUGUGGGAGAGGGCUCGCGAGGUGAGGAGGCCCUUUGCAACACGGUGCUCCCCGACACCCGGCCAAGUCCACCGGCCAAGCCCCGACAAACGAGCCCUCUCCCCGGCCAACAAGCCCUCACCUGGCGCCUUUCCAACCUGCAGCCGCCCUCUCUCCGGAUACAUUUCACCACAUGCUGAUGCUUCAAACUACACCUUCCAAUCCAGUCUCACCCUCAGCAACACCUCAGAUUCUAUCCCCGCAUCAAAACUGGACUACAUUUAUCAUUUUUCAACUUAUAAUUCCUCUGGUAAAAAUGAGCAACAGCCGGUUCCCAGGAAUAGCAGCAACAAGGAGAUUUGGGAUGCUGGCGUGGACAGGAGGGCUGGUAAUUAUUCUCAUUUGGGCAGGCACAAUGUUAUCGAUCCCAGCAGCAGCAAGACCAGCAGAGAGGGGGGAGAUGAUAGCUGGCUGCCGGGGUGCGUUAGGAGCAGAGAGAAUGAGGGGGUGGCGAUGAGAUGGGGAGGUGAUGAGGAGGACAGAUGUAGCGCGCUGGAGGUUAUUACCCGCCGUGCCAGGGCGCAGCUUGGGUUUUGGUUACCCCCUCUCCGCGAUGCAACGUCUAACUGUGUCAGAAAUAUGUACGAGGAGAGGGAUGAGAGUAGAGAGGUAAAGGGUGGGAGAGGAGGAGGGGUGAGGCAAGGCAACAAACACAUUAAUUUAUCUAAUUACGCGGAUAAUGAUUUGGCUUUCCCGAUUCUGACGCUCCUAUGUAGCGAUGUUAAUGGGCUUCAGCAGGGGAAAUCAGUACCAGCGACCAGGGGGCAAACCCGGGGAGAGCGCAGGGUGGUUCCCGGUGGUUGUUUGGACAGAAUAGAAAUGGGGGAUGGACAUUUAGUCGAGUUUACGGUCCCCGAGGGAGGCGUAGCUCAGAGGAAUCUCCUUAUCCAAUUUACCCUCAGUAGCAUCGCAGAGACGCACAGCCAACAGUUUAUAUCCAACAAAAACGCCAUUUCCACAACAAAAUAUUCUGGCCCGGUGCUCGGUACGCCCACUCGGGCACAAACAGACGAUUACGCACAGAGUGGAAAACUCUUCACUGCGCUGCGCGUUUCUGCAGAAAAAAUAGAAGCGAGAGCAACUUUAGAGAGAGAGUCUGCCGGUGACUCAGGCGUUUUCUCGUCUGCUAAGUUUCCAGUUGUAUCUCCGCGUCUUCUCACGCAGUCUGAUCCGAUUACAGAAACGCACCUCUCGUUUUCCGCGCAAAUUAACCUGACCGCGUGGCAGCGCGACCCUCCGCUCCACUCACCCUCCUCCACGGAGGACGUGAUUUCAGCACAGCGGACAGCUCCCCUCGGCGCUCAGAUUGUGCUUUUGUGGAGCAAAUUCAACAGCAACAGUAAUAAUAAUAAUAACAACAACCAGGAGGAGGAGAAGGAGGGAAUAAACGGCUACAGUCGUGAAUCUGAAAUCGAGAAAUCGCCUUGGCACGAUCAGACGCGACGGGAAGAUGUGUGGGAGAGAGGCGCGCUGCGAGACACGGUCCACGCAACUGACAGCAUCUCCACCGACUGUGGAAGGGACAGUGGCGCGCAUAUGCAAUUAAAACCCGGUAAGCAAGUGCCAUUAGAGCCCGGAGGUGUUAGACAGCCAGAUAGGCGGCAGAUGGGGGAGAGGGAUGCUGGGAGGGAGGGAGAGGGCUCCGCGGCUGAUGCUGUUGCUGCUUGGGGAGGAAAAUUACAGGUGGGGGAGGGCGAGGGAGAGGCGCGGCUGAUAUGGGGGAGAGAGGAGGAAGAGGGAAUAACAAAGCAGGCAGAGGAGAGAGAGGCAGAGGGAGGGAAGGGUCAGGAUGGGGGCAGCAGCACCACCACCACCACCAUCAUCACACAGCCAGAUAGCAAAACAGGGAAGAAAGAGGAUGAAAGCCAGGAGGGGGGUGAGAGAGAGGGGGAGCAGAGGCACAGUUCAAGGGGAGAGAGGAGCCUGGAACGCCUGAUAAUGCCACCAGGUGAUGAAACCUCACAGGGAGAAAGGGAGGUUUUGAUGGCAUGGCCUCGAUCCAGACGUGCAGCCAACAGACACCCGCAUUUCUCCCUCUAUAACUACCAAGUGCAAGUAGCCGAGAACCAGCCGCCCGGCACCUCCGUCAUCCUCAUGUCCGCCUCAGACGCAGAUGCAGGGGAUGCGGGCAGGGUGAGCUACAGCAUGGCCCCCCUGAUGAACAGCCGAUCCUCCGACUACUUCCACGUCCACCCAGACACGGGCCUCAUCACCACCACUCAGGUUCUGGACAGGGAGCACAUGGAUCUGCAUUACUUCCGGGUCACGGCGACCGAUUAUGGCUCCCCUCGCCUGUCUGGCACCACAAUGGUGGCCAUUACUGUUGCAGACCGGAACGACCACUCUCCCAUAUUCGAGCAGUCAGAGUACAGGGAGACGAUCAGGGAGAACGUGGAGGAAGGUUAUCCCAUCCUGCAGCUGAGAGCAACGGACUCAGACUCCCCCUCAAAUGCCAAUAUUCGUUACCGGUUUAUCGGUGACACAGCUGCGAUAGCAAGAGCGGCCUUUGAGAUUGACCCGCGCUCCGGCCUCAUUACGACUAGAGGACUGGUGGACCGUGAAACAAAUGAGCACUACACGCUCCAGGUGGAGGCCAGCGACCAGGGAAAGGAUCCGGGGCCGCGCUCGGCCACCGUCAAAGUUUUCAUCACCGUGCUGGAUGAAAACGACAAUGUGCCACAGUUCAGUGAAAAGCGCUAUGUGGUGGCGGUGAAGGAGGAUGUGCGGCCUCACUCCGAGAUCCUUCGUGUGAGCGCCACCGACCGCGACAAGGACAGCAACGCCGCCGUUCACUAUAAUAUCAUCAGCGGGAACAGCCGUGGACAGUUUUCCAUCGACAGCGUCACUGGUGAGAUCCAGGUGGUGGCGCCGCUGGACUACGAGGCCGAACGGGAGUACACGCUCCGGGUUCGAGCGCAGGACAACGGGCGGCCUCCUCUCUCCAACAACACUGGGAUUGUCAGCGUGCAAGUGACAGACGUGAACGACAACCCACCCAUCUUCGUCUCCACACCGUUCCAGGCCUCUGUGCUCGAGAGCGCCCCAGUUGGAAGCUCCAUCCUCCACAUCCAGGCCAUUGAUACAGAUUCUGGUGAUAAUGCCCGGCUGGAGUACAGGUUGACUGGCACCAGCUCUGACACACCAUUUGUAAUCAAUUCUGCAACAGGCUGGGUCACUGUCAGCUCCAUUCUUGACAGAGAAUCCGUAGAGCACUAUUUCUUUGGUGUGGAGGCCAGGGAUUAUGGUAUGCCGCCUCUUUCUGCUACGGCAAGCGUUACCAUAACAGUGAUGGAUGUGAAUGACAACCGGCCCGAGUUCCUCCAGAAGGAAUACUAUGCUCGGCUGAAUGAGGAUGCAGCGGUGGGCACCAGUGUGGUGACUGUCACGGCUGUGGACCGCGAUGUCAACAGCGCGGUGACCUAUCAGAUAACCGGAGGAAACACCAGAAACCGCUUUGCUAUCAGCACAGCAGGCGGGGCAGGACUUCUCUCCCUAGCGCUCCCUCUGGACUACAAACAGGAGCGGCGUUACGUUCUCACCGUCACCGCCUCGGACCGAACGCUCCACGACACCUGUCAGGUGCACAUCAACAUCACAGAUGCCAACACACAUCGGCCCGUCUUCCAGAGCGCCCACUACUCUGUCAGCGUGAACGAGGACCGGCCUCCUGGAAGCACUGUGGUUGUGAUCAGUGCCACUGAUGACGACGUUGGUGAAAAUGCUCGGAUCACUUACUUCCUUGAGGACAAUAUCCCACAAUUCCGCAUCGACCCAGCCACAGGGGCUAUAACGCUCCAGGCUGAGCUGGACUAUGAGGACCAGAUGACCUACACGUUGGCUAUAACUGCUAAAGACAAUGGCAUACCACAGAAAUCAGACACAACAUACGUGGAGGUGAAUGUGAAUGACGUGAACGACAAUGCACCUCAGUUCCUCAGUCCCAGAUAUCAGGGAACUGUGAGUGAAGAUGCUCCUCCAUUCACCAGCGUCCUCCAAAUCUCUGCAACUGACCGCGACGCCCACGCCAACGGUCGGGUUCAGUACACCUUCCAAAACGGUGAAGAUGGGGAUGGAGAUUUUACCAUCGAACCCACUUCCGGAAUCGUCCGAACUGUUCGGCGUUUGGACCGUGAGAGCGUGCCGUUCUAUGAACUCACUGCCUACGCCGUGGAUCGAGGUGUUCCCCCUCAACGAACCCCCGUCCACAUCCAGGUGACGGUCCUGGACGUCAACGACAAUGCCCCCGUCUUCCCCGCCGACGACUUUGAGGUUCUGGUGAAGGAAAACAGCGUCGUCGGCUCCGUGGUCGCCCAGAUCACAGCAACCGACCCGGAUGAGGGCGCCAACGCUCAGAUUAUGUACCAGAUCGUAGAGGGCAACAUCCCUGAGAUUUUUCAGAUGGACAUCUUCUCAGGAGAGCUCACCUCGCUCAUUGAUCUCGACUACGAGGCCCGGAACGAGUAUGUUAUUGUAGUCCAGGCCACGUCGGCUCCUCUGGUCAGCCGGGCCACCGUCCGGAUCCGACUGGUGGACCAGAACGACAACAGGCCGACCCUGCAGGACUUUCAAAUCAUUUUCAACAACUUCGUGUCCAACCGGUCCAACAGUUUUCCCAGCGGGGUGAUCGGCAGGGUCCCCGCCCACGAUCCCGACGUGUCCGACAGGCUGUACUACACCAUCGACAGGGGCAACGAGCUUCACCUGCUGCUGCUGAAUCACACCAGCGGAGAGAUCCGACUGAGCCGAAAACUGGAUAACAACAGGCCGCUGGUGGCUCCCAUGCUGAUCACCGUCACGGAUGGCGUCCACAGCAUCUCAGCCCAGUGUGUUCUGCGCGUCCUCAUCAUCACCGAGGACAUGCUGGGCAGCAGCGUCACCGUGCGCCUCCAGAACAUGUCCCAGGAGCACUUCCUGUCGCCGCUGCUGGGGAACUUCCUGGAGGGCGUGUCGGCGGUGCUCUCGGUGCCCGUCGAGGACGUUUUCAUCUUCAACAUCCAGCCCGACCUGGACGCGGCGCCGGGAGGCAUCCUGAACGUCAGCUUCUCGGCAGCGCUGCCGGGCGGACACUUCUUCCCCUCCGAAGCUCUGGAGGAGCAGCUGUACCUGAACAGGCCGAGGCUGACGUCACUGACGCAGAUGGAGGUUCUCCCGUUCGACGACAACGUGUGCUUGCGGGAGCCCUGCCAGAACUACAUGAAGUGCAUCUCGGUGCUGCGCUUCAACAGCUCGGCCCCCUUCAUCUCCUCGCCCUCCAUCCUGUUCCGGCCCAUCCACCCCAUCGCGGGCCUCCGCUGCCGCUGCCCCGUGGGCUUCACGGGCGAUUACUGCGAGACGGAGAUCAACCUGUGCUACUCCAACCCCUGCCUGAACGGAGGAGUUUGCGCCCGCAGAGAGGGAGGAUACACCUGCAUCUGCCGCGAAGACUACACCGGUGACCGGUGUGAGUUUGACCGGCGGCAGGGCAGGUGUGUUCCAGGCGUUUGUCGUAACGGAGGAACGUGUCGGGAGCUUUCAGGUGGAGGUUUCCGCUGCGAGUGUCCCGCCGGAGGCUACGAGCGUCCGUACUGCACCGUCACCGCUCGGUCCUUCCAACCCAAAUCCUUCGCCAUGUUCCGGGGCCUCCGACAGAGAUUUCACCUCUCCAUCUCGUUGACCUUUGCCACCUUGGAGAGCAGCGGCCUUCUCUUCUACAACGGACGCUUCAAUGAGAAGCACGACUUCAUCGCCUUGGAGAUCCAGGAGGGACAAGUGGUGUUCAAAUAUUCCACAGGUGAGUCGUCCACUCAGGUGAGUCCCUACCUGCCCGGCGGAGUGAGCGACGGAAACUGGCACACGGUCCACAUCCACUACUACAACAAGCCCAAGCGCAGUAUGAGCGGUGAAGCUCAGGGUCCGUCGGAUGAGAAGAUUGCUGUGGUCAGCGUUGAUGACUGCGAUACGUCGCUGUCGCUCCGCUUCGGAACGCAGCUCGGAAAUUAUAGCUGCGCGGCGCAGGGCAAACAGACCAGCAGCAAGAAGUCUCUGGAUCUGACUGGUCCCUUAUUUCUGGGCGGGGUCCCCAACGUGCCCGACAACUUCCCCUUCGGCACCAGAGAGUUCAUCGGCUGCAUGAAGGAGCUGCACAUCGACAGCAAGCCGCUGGAUCUGGCCGGAUUCAUCGCCAACAAUGGAACUCUUCCCGGCUGCAGCGCCAAACUGCCCUUCUGCAAGUCCAACCCCUGCCAGAACGGAGGCACCUGCAGGGUGAGCUGGGAGACGUUCUCCUGCGACUGCCCGCUGGGAUACGGAGGGAAGGACUGCAGCCACGUGAUGCCACACCCACACCGCUUCCUGGGUAACAGCGCCCUCUGGUGGGACCUGAAGAACGACGUGACCAUCUCCACGCCCUGGUACCUGGGCCUGGUGUUCAGGACCAGAGCGAGGGAGGGGACGCUGCUGCAGGCCCAGGCCGGACAGUACACCAGCCUGCUGUUCCAGGUGAUAAAUGGUCAGCUGGUGUUCUCGGUGACCCGCGGUUCGACCAGACCGGUGCGUCUGCGGCUGGAUCAGGUUCAAGUGGCAGACGGCCGGUGGCACGACCUCCAGCUGGAGCUGCGAGAUGUCCGCAGCGGCCGCGAGACGCGAUACGUCGCCACGCUGCGGCUUGACUUUGGACUCUAUCAGGGUACGGUGAUAGUGGGAAAUGAGAUUCAUGGUUUGAAGGUGAAACAUCUGCAUGUGGGAGGAGUGCUCGGCUCCGGAGAGGUUCAGAACGGGAUAAGAGGAUGCAUACAGGGUGUUCGUUUGGGUGUUCGGCCGGACUCUCCCGCCCUGCCUCGCCCGUCCAGAGCCGUCAAAGUGGAGACCGGAUGUAACGUCGGGAAUCCCUGCGUCUCGUCUCCUUGUCCGGCUCACAGCCGCUGCGCCGACCAAUGGGAGCGCCACACCUGCGUAUGCGAACCCGGUUACUAUGGGAAAGGCUGCACCGACGCCUGCCAUCUGAACCCGUGUGAAAACGAAGCUCAGUGCCACAGGAAGCCCACCACCUCCCACGGAUACAUCUGCGACUGCGGCGACAACCACUACGGACAGUACUGCCAGCACAGGAUUGACCACCAGUGUCCCAGGGGCUGGUGGGGAUCUCCGACCUGUGGACCGUGUCACUGCGACGCCAACAGAGGCUUCGACCCCGACUGCAACAAGACCAGCGGACACUGUCACUGCAAGGAGUUUCACUACCGCCCACGAGGCUCCGACACCUGCCUGCCGUGCGACUGCUACCCGGUUGGCUCCUUCUCGCGGUCAUGUGACCCAGAAUCGGGCCAGUGUCAGUGCAGGCCGGGCGUGAUUGGCCGCCAGUGCAACGCGUGCGACAACCCCUUCGCCGAGGUCACGAAUUCAGGCUGCGACGUCAUUUACGACGGCUGUCCAAAGACCAUCACUCAGGGGAUCUGGUGGCCUCGGACCAAGUUCAACCUGCCGGCUGCGGUGCCCUGCCCCAAAGGCUCCGUCGGUGCAGCCAUCAGACACUGUGAUGUGGAGAGAGGGUGGCUGGAACCGGACCUUUACAACUGCACCUCGCCUCCGUUUGUGGAGCUCAAUGCUGCUCUCGACUCUCUGGAGCGCAACGAGACGGAGCUGAACACCAUCUUGGAGAAGAAACUUGCCCACCAGCUCCGCGACGUGACCGAGGCCACCGCCCGCCUCUACGGCAACGACCUGCAGAUAGCCCAGCGGCUGCUGUCCCGCCUCCUCACUUUCGAGACCCAACAGAGCGGCUUCGGACUCACCGCCACUCAGGACGCACACUUCAACGAGAACAUCGUGCGAGGCUGCAGCGUUCUGUUGGACCCCGGCACCUCUGGACUCUGGCGGGCUCUGGCUCAGAGUCAGAACCACCUGGCGGGCGGCGGUCCGGCCGAGCUGACGGAUCUGCUGGAGCAGUACGCCCAGAACCUGGCCCAGAACAUGAAGCUCACCUACCUCAACCCCGUGGCCCUGAUCGCUCCCAACAUAGACCUAUACGAGCUGGGAGGCUGCUGGACCGUCAGAGACUGCAUGGUGGUCUACAGGAACACGUCUCACGUCCGCUGUCAGUGCCAGAGAUUAGGAACCUUCGGCGUGCUGAUGGACAGUUCGCAGCGAGAGCAGUUGGAGGGGGAUCUGGAGACCCUGGCCCUGGUUACGUAUUCCUCCCUGUGCGUCUCCAUGCUCGCCCUCCUCCUCACCGUCUUCGUCCUCUCCUGCCUCCGAGGCCUCAAGUCCAACACCAGGAGCAUCCAUUCCAACACAGCGGCAGCCAUGUUCCUGUCAGAGCUGGUGUUUCUGCUCGGGGUCAAUCAGACUGAACAACAGUUCCUGUGUACCGUCGUUGCCAUCCUGCUGCAUUACUUCUUCAUGUCCACGUUCGCCUGGAUGUUCGUCGAGGGCCUCCACAUCUACCGCAUGCAGACCGAGCAGCGCAACAUCAACUAUGGUGCUAUGAGAUUCUAUUACGCCAUCGGCUGGGGCGUUCCUGCCAUCAUCACGGGCCUGGCAGUCGGUUUGGACCCGGAGGGUUACGGCAACCCAGACUUCUGCUGGAUCUCCAUCUAUGACAAGCUCAUCUGGAGCUUCGCUGGUCCCAUCGCCAUCGUCAUACUGAUGAACGGGGGGAUUUUCAUGAUCGUAGCCAAGAUGUCGUGCAACCCGUCUCAGAAGGAGACCAAGAAGCUCCCCGUCAUCGCUACGAUCCGCAACGCCUUCCUGCUGCUGCUGGUGGCCACCUCCACCUGGCUGUGUGGUCUGAUGGCCGUGAACAACAGCAUCCUGGCGUUCUACUACAUAUUCGACGUCCUCUGUCUGUUUCAGGGUGUAUCGGUGAUGCUCAUCUUCACCGUGUUCAACUCGGAGGUUCAGGAGGCCUGGAGGGUCGCCUGUUUGGGUAAAAAGAGCCCCGGAGAAGAACCGCCAAGACCACCGCAGAACACAGCUCAGAACCCCUACCACAACCCAUCACUGUUGGAACAGAGCGGCCUGCACAGGAUCACCCUGGGAACCUCCACCAUCUCCUCCGUCAGCUCCGCCAGAGAAAACCUUUUGGCUCGACAGACUCUGGAACAAAACAUCGUCCACACCGGAGCCACCGACCUGGAUGUGGCCAUGUUCCACAGAGAUGGAGGUGAGGACUCGGACUCAGACUCGGACCUCUCCAUGGAGGAGGAGCGCAGUCUCUCCAUCCCUUCGUCUGAGAGCGAGGACAACGUCCGUCUCCGUGGACGCAUACAGCGGCGGUUCAAACGCUCCAAUCACGGCGAGCGCCUGCUCACCGAACCCGCCAACAACGGCACCAAAGAUCUGGAUGGCAAUGACCUUUUGUCCUACUGGCCAGCUUUGGAGGAGUGUGAGACACACACCCUGCAGAAGUGGGGCUCAGAGCGCCCCCUGGGGGCAGAUUACAGCAAGGACGCUGCCAAUAACAACCAGCCAGACGCAGCGCUGACCAGUGGAGAUGAGAACGGCCUCACUCAGCCACACAGGCACCGCAAGGGCAUCCUGAAGAACCGUCUCGGCUGCCCUCCAGCUCUCCAGGGUCUCUCCACCAUGGGCCGAGUCCCCAGUGAGCUCAACUGGUACCGGACCUCCACUCUGGGCCACCGCGGCGUUCCUGCAGCCUCGUACGGUCGCAUGUACUCUGCCACAGCCGGUGCCGGUGGAGGUUCUGGUUCUCUGUCCCAGCCAGCGUCCCGCUACUCCUCCAGGGAGCACCUGGACUCUCUGGCCCGGAGGCAACUCUCCAGGGAUCCGCUGGGGAGGCAGACGGUCGGGGGUUCAAGGGACCGGCUGGACUCCCGGGGUUCCAGGGACAACCUGGAUCUGUUACCCAGGAGGAGAGACCUGGGGCUGGGGCAAGGAGCCGGGCUGGGGGGCCUGGACCACCAGAGGGUCUCGUCAUCCAGAGAGAACUUGACAGGAUCCAGGGACAGACUUGACAACCACCACGCGAGCAGCUUCCACGCCUCGAGGGAGGACUUGAGUGGAGCUGUCGGACCCGGGAUGGAGGGCUACCUGAGCGGGUCGAGGUCGCAGCUCAACACGCUGACUCGGCGGCAGGCCUCGUCCCGGGAGCACCUGGGAGGAGCGCUGAUGAGCAGCCGGUCGAGGGAGCAGCUGGAGACCAACGGAGUGGGAGCCCAGGCCCAGCCGUGCCGGGAGUGGCUCCGAACUCUGCCGCCCCGACAGCCGUCGCACCCCGACCAGCCUCCCUCGUCCUCCCCUCCUCCCCCCAUCUCCGAGGAGCCCCAGCAGGAGCAGCCGCCCGCCUCAGCUCACGCCAGAGCACGGCUGGACUCCGCACCUCCAUGUAGGUACCCCCAGGCGCCGGGUGCAAGUCCGAACACUCUGGGCCGACAACCGUCCAGUGAGCAGCUGGAUAUCCUGUCCUCCAUCCUGGCCUCCUUCAGCUCCUCUGUGCUCACUCCUCCCCCCGCUGCCUCUAACCCUGGUCCUAACGGCUCCGUCCACGGAGCCUCCCUUUCCCCGUCGCAGUCCGCCACCUCCCACAGCAUAUCUGAAGUCUCCCCUGACUCCGAAGCCAACAGAAGCGAAGGACAGUCUUGAUGACAGCCUCCA